AUGCGCCGAGAACAACUUGUCUUGGGUGGUGAUGCUUGCAAGAUGAUGGAUGUGGGUGUUGUGGAUGUGGAUGAGUUUGGGAAGAGAGAAGAGGCGCGUUUUGAGGUUGGCGAAGAGGGCGGGGUUAUGUGUUUGGGCUACCUGGUCUACUUUGCGGGAAGGCGUGACGGCGAUGUAAAUAAGGAAGGCAUGACACGAAGUUUUUUUUUGGUCAGGUUGUCCAGUGCGUGGAAGGAGGACUUCGUGGAGUGGAUUUGGGGGGUGACAACGUGUAGGGCAGGUACCAGGUGUGAUAUGCGAAGUAGGACCGAUGGGAAAGUGGCAGAGAAUAAAAUGACCAGAUUGGUAAGGAUCAAGAGAAAGUGCGACUACAAAAGGGUGAUGAUGCUGCGGGAUUCUGCACGGGAAUUGACGAUGUCCAGAGUUGCAAUCAAACUAACCAGGAUGUUGAUACCUCGAAGUUGGGUGCAGAGCUGGAUACCUUACAGUUGUAAGGAAAUUGGUGCUGUGGUGCUUGGUGCUGGAAUGACUAUGAGAAAACUUGGUAUUGUUUGGGAGGACAGCCGGCAGUUAAAUAAUUUUAUGCUGGCAGCAGUGCAGCAUUUGGGUCAUACGGAAAUUUGA